GCGGCUUGCACUGGGCAGGAGGACUGUGAGGUCGACACUUCAGGCGAUCCCGCGGCCAUGCUCCAGAUCAGCGCCUACGAGGCCAUCAAUUCAUCGUCACACUUAUCGAGAGCCGACUGCACCGCUCAGUUCCAGGCGGGCCUCUGCACGGACGGCCAGUGCGUGGAUUGUGAUGCGUCGUUCAUCGUACCAAAUCCCGCAGCCGGGACCUUGCCGAACGGAGAGAUGUAUUGCAAAGGAAACAAUGACAGAGACCCUCUUACCGGAAAUGACGUCGUUCCUGCGCCCACACAGGCAGGAGUCUGCACAGGAACGGCAGAGCUAUGGACUUUCCGUGACCCUGGCGAUGUCAUGACAUGCCGCAACUAUCAAGCCUGCUACAAUAGCGUGGACAUCGAGGGAAUGGGAGCCGUUUGCUGCGAGAACGUGGACGAUGAUGGUCAAACAUGCUAUGGGACGGCCGAUUUUGAGCUUGCCGGCCAAGACCGGAGAGAAGCUGCAGACACAGUGUGCUCCGGGGACGUUUGUUGCAUGGGCUACCAGACGUGCAAUCAGGGCGAAGCCCGAAACGUUUCAUCGAUUUCGUGCAAAGGAUACGAGACGUGCGUCCAGUGGGUGACCUAUUUGAGCGGAGAUGUGGUCUGCGACGCCGAUGCCCCGACGGAGUUUCCGGGCGACAACCACGGCGGCACCUGUUCAAACAGCAACACGGAAUUCCGUUUCUCCGAGGGCGAUGGCACGCACUGUGUCCAAUGCUUGGGCCAAAGUUCAUGCGAUUCUGCCAACUGGUUUUUCCCAGCAGACGCCAAUGUCUAUUUCUUCUGUCGCGAUGGCCAAGGAGGCGAUGCCUGCGAGGCGAUGAGAGUCGACUUGGAGGCCGGUGCCUGCAUCGAGUUCAACCUGACCAACGGAUCCGGUGAAGGCGAGAUUUUUGUGCGCCGGCGAGGCACUGGCGCGAACCGCGCGCUUUGUUUCUUUACAGCGACGGGCCAGGAGUCAGCCACUGACUGGACAGGGAACGGUUGCACAGAAAGAGACGACGAGGACAACAAUUGCAACAGCAGAUG